AUGCCUCGCCUUUCAAUUCCCACGACGGCGCGCCUGCCGUCGUCACUGCGCGUCGACCCAACCAAUCCUGCAGUACACAAAAUCCUGGGCCGACUCUCACGCCCCUCCCUCCUCUCUGUUGUCCUGGACUGGCUGCAUGAGGAUAACCUCCAUCUUGCCAUGCCCUUCUUGCGCCGACCAUACCAAGGCGAAGACUACUACGAUGAGGAUGAGCCUUCAGACGACGAAGACGAUGAGUUCGCAGACGAUUUCUAUCCCCCCGCCCGCUCCCCCGCCGCCCUGCGCGAGCUCUACAUCUCGCUGCAAGCUCGCAAGGGCUCCAAGCGCGAGGUACUCGAUCGCAUAUUAGACGGCGACUGGCGUCACGGCCUGACGCUGUACCAGCUGGCCAUGGCCGACCUACAGUACAUGCAUGACCACCCGACAUCACAGCGCUGGGCUGCGUACAAGGUUGUACCGCUCAAGCUCCAACAAGAUCAGGAUGGGGAACAACAGCUGAAGGCAGAUAAUGAGUCAUUGAGCAUUCCGCGGUUUCAUCCUUCAACCUUUCUAAGGAACCUGCAGGCCCAGGUUCUGCCGGAUGUGAAGGCGCAUUAUACGUUUGAGCCGCACCGGACGCUACCGGUGCUGUUGCUGAGGAUAUUUGUUAUUGAUUCGCCGUAUAAUACAUCGCUUAGUCUACAGCAUGGAGGGAUGAGUGCUACGACGUUUGAUUCGUCACGGACGAUCUACAUUGCCUUCCCUCAUGCCGCGCCAUACGUCUACCUCUCUAGUCCUCAGGCCACAACUGUCGAUCCAAUUCAGAAGCCUGGGCCGGGACCAGGAGUGGGCGAAUCAAAGUCCUUGGUGUCCCUGCUCCUCGAGGGUCUGCCAAAGGCCCUCUCCCGCCCACUACAGCGUCAGCGUGUAACCCUCCAAUCCACAGGUUUAAUCACUCGCAACCUAGAAGAGCUCGUCGAGCGGCGAGGACCGGGGAGAACAAACUUCGCUGGUGGCGGCUGGAGCUGGUACGCAGAUGAGAUGAAAGGACGCGACCAAAAAAGGGAAACGCCGCUAGACCUGGUGCUGCCGAGUCCCCCAGACUCGGAAGACGUCGAGGGUGCGGAUGAGCAGAGAGAGGGGAGGGAGAAGCGGAUAAAGAUUAAAGCACCACUUGAGGAACAGGAAGAGGAGGCGCGCAGAAGAGCUAAGAGGGUUGCGCAAGCGCGGUUUGGGAAUACAGCGAAGAUGAGGGAUGGGAAGGGCGUUGAGAGGGUGGAUGUUGUGAUUGAUGAUCCAUUCCCUCAAGGCGACGGGGAUGAGAACGAAGAGUGGAGGCCGAAAGUGCGGCUUACUUUCCAUGGACCGCAUGUCUUUGCUGGUAUUCGACAACUGAUCGAAUGCGGCAUCGUAGAUGGAGAACGUAUGCCAGGAUGGAUGACCGGUGAGGAGGGUGUGACAAUCGGGGCAGUAAGGCAUGGGAGGAUAAGGGGUCAUAAGGGGUCAGGUGUUUAG